AUGGCUGAAUGGUUCAAAAUCUCGGCCGGAAUCCGCUCGCAGAAGGCGCAUAAUCUCCCGAAAGUCAUGAAGUCGUCGGAGUCCGUGGAAACCGAGGACGAAAAUAAUUUGGAUUCCCUUCUCGAGGACAGUGAUUUAUUGACAACAUUGGCGCCAUCUCACGAAGCCGCCGAGGAGAUAUUGUAUGCGGCGGAGACGGGGAAUCUACAGAACCCGGCCGACUUUUUUCAUGUGAGUUUUGGGCGUUUUUAGACGAGAUUUUUUGAGCGAAAUUUUUUUUCGACUGCACUGUGCGGAAAAAAAAGUUUUUAUUUUUUUGGCGUUUAUUGUUAACCAAUCAAAAAGUUGUUAGUAUACUGUAAUAUAGAGCCUAUUUGCACUGCAUGUGCAAGUUUUUUAAUUAUAUCCCCUCCGGCAACAUGUAUUUUUAUCGACUUUUAUUUUUAUCGCACUGUGCGGAAAAAGGUUUUAAAUUUUUUCAGGUGUUCAUUAUUAACCAAUCAAAAAGUUAUUGGUAUGCUGUAAUAUAGAGGCUAUUGGUAUUGCAUGUGCAAGUCUUUGCAUUAUUUCCCCUAAGGCAACAUGUAUUUUUAUCAACUUAUAUUUUCUCCGCACUGUGCGGAAACUCUUUUUUAUUUUUUUCCGGGGUUCAUUGUUAACCAAUCAAAAAGUUGUUAGUAUACUGUAAUAUAGAGCCUAUUAGUAUUGCAUGUGCAAGUUUUUGAAUUAUUUCUCCUCUGGCAACAUGUAUUUUUUAUCGACUUUUAUUUUUAUCGCACUGUGCGAAAAAAGUUUUUAAUUUUUUUCCGGCGUUCAUUGUUAACCAAUCAAAAAGUUGUUAGUAUACUGUAAUGUAGAGGCUAUUAGAAUUGUAUGUGCAAGUUUUUGAAUCAUUUGCCCUCUGGCAACAUGUAUUUUUAUCGACUUUUAUUUUCUUCGCACAGUGCAGAUUUUUUUUUCAUUUUUUUUGAAAAAGCAUAAUCCGAAAACUUAAAAAAUGAUUAUAUACUGUAACAUAGACCCGGCUGGAAAUACUAUCCAUCAUUUUUUGAGCUUUUCCACCCAGCAACCAAAUUUUUUCACAGUUUUUAGUUUCAUCGCACCGUGCAGAGAAACAUUUUUUCUAUUUUGUUGAAAAAGUAUUAUUCGAAAACUCAAAAAAUUAUUAUAUACUGUAACAUAUACACGGUUGAAAAUCAAAAUUCACCAUUUUCGAUCUCUUUCCCCUCCGGCAACCAAAUUUUUUCACAGUCUUUAUUUUCAUCGCACCGUGCGAAGAAAAUUCACCGCACCGUGCGAAGAUUUCAAUUAAAAGUCCGUCUCAACAGUAAUUUUCCUAUGCACUACAAAGCUGUUUUUCCUACAGUGCACUUAUCAAAAGAAUUUGAAAUCCCGUCGCACGGUGCGGUGAACCUUUUCGAAUUCCCCAAACUUCCGGGUCGAAACGCGACAAUUCCACUUUUUCUUCUCGCUUUUUUAUUGCUUUGCACUGUGCGCUGGGGCUUUUUUUAUUGCACUGUGCGUCUUGUUGCGAGUUUUAUUGCACCGUGCAAUUGGAAAUUUUCCGCCGCACAGUGCAAAGGUCAGAAAAAGUUGAAAAAACAAAAGCUUCUAAAUGUGGCAAACAAUUCAAGAAAUGCUAUUGUGUUACUGGCUAUCUGUUUGAUACAGUAUGACACUAGUUUUUUGUUAUAUCCUCACAAAUCUGACAUAACUUCAAAAAACAAUUUUCUUGCACAGUGCAUCAGAAAAAGAUGCUCCAAAGUUAACUUACAGGCAAAAUAGAGCUCUAAAAUUGUGUGAUUAUGACACUGAGGAGUUCCAAAUUACAGUAGGACAUCGGUUUUUUCCACAUCUAUCAUUUAAACUAACCAAAUUUGGCAAAGUUGUUUUGCACAGUGCAGAUUAAAAAAGUUGCGUAAAAACAGAUUUACUCUUGAGAUAAAAGUUCAAAACUUUUUUCCUACAUUGUUAAUAGGCUAUAUGCUACAGUACACUAUCAAAUUUUUUAAUAUCAAAUUUGGGAACACAAAAAAAUUAAAAAGAUUUUUUUUGCACAGUGCAGAAUUUAAUAAAUUGCCUAAAUUACCUUGCCGAACUUGCCCUAAGGGCUUACAGACAUUAUGCACUAUCUCAAUAGCAUCUAAAUUACAACACACCGACCUUUUUUUGAGGACUAAUCUCUGGCCGUUCGAAUACUUGCAAAAUUAUUUCCACCGCACAGUGCAAUCCGCCUACGAAAUUCAAACUCUCGGAAGAUACCAAAGAUUUUUUUGUUUUCCCGGUUCUCACGUACUUAGUAAUUUCCCUGCGACGACUUUUGCCCCACAACAAUUAUGUUUUCGAAUACUGCGAACGUAACCGCGGUAAUUAAUGUGUCCAUUUUUAACACCGUAAUUCGAGGGUAUAGCCCGGUUGGGUUGGGAUUAUUUUUGGUCAAACUGACGAACAUUGCCUUAGGGGAGGGUUCGGAAUUGGUUUCGCAAAGGGCAAAGAUGAGAUCGGGUUGGACAAACAUUUUUUAUUUGCUACACGGUGCAGAAAAUGAUUUGAAUUUUUUGAAUUUUUUUGGCAUUCAUGGUGGGUUGAUCAAAAAGUUGCUUAUAUACUGUAAUAUACAGUCUAUUAGCAGUGUAUGUCCAACUUUUGGUAUUGUUUUCCCUCCGGCAACACAUAUUUUUAUCGAUUUUUUCUGGAGGGUAUUACAAAGAAAAUCUUCCAAUUGAAUUGCUCAGAUUUUUUUAAAACUUUGCAAAGGUACUAAACAUAAGCCAGGUAUCAAUUCCUGAAAGUUUUAGCCCGCACUUUGCAGGCACAGCUGAGAUAUUGAACGAUCUUUGCGGCCGAGAGAGUACGCGAAAUGCGGAGAACGGUCAGAGAAAAUUCUUCUUGGCCGUAUCUUUGUCAAUUUUGGGAGGAGAAAAUUGAUUUUUUGUGGAGAUAUUACCCUCUACAAUAGAAAUAGCCGCAAUUUUGAGACAUCUCACAUAAGACCAUUUUAUACGAUGAAACAUGUUUGGACAGGUUUCGUCGUAUAAAAUGUCUCAUUGGUCAUAGCUUUGCCAGUUUUGAGCAGAAAAAAUCGAUUUUUUGUGCAAAUAUUACCCUCUAGGGUAGAAAUAAAAAUUAAACUGAUCAUGUUAAAAUUCACAAAAAAAUGUCCCAUUUUUUGCCAACUUUCGAUCUAAAAAGGUUGUUUCAGCAAAGCGCCAGGUAAAAAUCUCGCACAUAUCUCACAAAAAAUUAUUCUUAAUUUGUCCCAAGUUUCAUCAAAAUCUGAGCCUCGCACUUGCGGUACUUCCCUUGUUUAGUCAUGUUUUCUUCAAUCUACCCGUAAAUAAGGCAAUUUUCCAAUUAAUACUUGAGCAAGCCCUUGGAAGGGCCGGGUGGAAAAUAAAUCGAAUAAAAAUUAAAUUUUUAUGGGCUAUGUUUUUGUUUUCCAGCAGUUAGAUUUCAAUUCCUCCAGGCGAAUUGACUCAUUGGGCAAGACAAAACAUGCGAUUUUCAUUGUUUUAGAGAUGCUCUGUUAUUUUCAUAAAAGGUCAGAUUGUGAGCAAUUUCGUUGUCAUGGUACUACUAGUCCGUUCGCAAAGCCGCUGGAGUGAUUUUUUGACGUUUGCACAGUGCAGAAAAGGUCAGAGUGCAAGAGAUGGGCCAGAAAAGCCCUAGUUAGCCGAAAUUUUUAAUUCAACCCUCUUUGCGCCAAAAAUACUUUUUUUUGUCGCUUGAUUUAUUACUAUCGCCUUUUUUUGGGUUUCUCAUAAAUAGCCGUAUUACAAUUUUUAUUACGCCCACUAUAACUUUUCGAAUUAGAAAAUCUUAUCUUCCUAGACAUUUCACACUUUUUUCCUUUCCCGUCGAAUAGCGGCAAUAUCUUUUUUACUCGUCCUACUAAAAAAAGAAAAAAAUUAGAAGUGGCGACUGUUUUUAUACGUCUACGGCUAGCCACAAGACAUACCGCCAAAAAGAGCAAAUCUAUGUAUAGAGUAAUCAGUUUCCUUUCAGACCACGUAAAUUUUGCCACCAGGAUGGUCGCUAUCGUAGAGAAACUGAAGAAAGCGAAAUCUCGAUUUUGAAUGCCAAAAAAAUGCACUUUCUUGGGCUCAACAAAAAAAUAUGUUUGAGUCCAUCGUGAAGACAAUUUUUAUGCCUGCAAAAUAUUAAAAUUUUAAGACUUUAUGGGGGUUUAGGCAAAGUUAACGUCAAAAAAUACCUUAUAUUGGCCAUCUUUGCGCUUUUUCUGAACCUGUUUUUAUUCUACUUUCAGUGCAAAAAUAAAAAAUCGGUCGUGUUUUUAGUGACUCUGUACAAUAGAUGGCAUCUAUUGAGCUCUUGAGGCGCUGGCAAUCGUAUAAUAUUGUUUUUACUCCACCACGUGUUCGCCAAAAAAACUUUCCCACUAAAGUCUUUAUCUCCCCUCCUUUUACGGCGUUUUUCGUAUAAUAAUUUCCCAUUCGCAAUCCCGCAAAAAACAAUGAGUGCGCGUUUCUGAGUGCAAUUCAUAAACUAUGAAGGGUUUGUUGACGACAAAGGCUUUCGAGGAUAAUUGUUAUGGAGUGGGGAGAAUGUUACUUUUUUGAUAAACAAGUAAAUUUUUGCUUGCGAGUUGCGGGAGUAGCCCGAAAUAUCAGUAUGUUGGGAAAAUAAUGUGGAUUCGUCGUUUUUUUAAAAUCGCCAGUCAUCGUUUUGCGAAGGCUUACCGCGGUUGUGACCAGAGAUUGCCACGGCCAAAAUUUCGGCUUCGGCUCCGGCUCUCAGCUCCCAGAGCCGGAGCCGAGCCCAAAUUUGCGGCUCUGGCUCCCGGCUCGGAGCCGGAGCCGCUCAGAGCCGGAGCCAAGAGCCGGCUCCGGAGCCGUGGCAAUCUCUGGUUGUAUCUAGUAGAGGCUUUUUUGGGAUGUCGCUCGCACCCUGACUUUUUCUGCUCAUUACACGGCGCAUAUAAAGGUGGUCAUAUAAGAAUUCAAAAUUUUGUUUUCCCAAAUAGCGAUUUUCGGUGCACAAAAAAGUGCCAAAAAUCGAAAAAUUGGCGUUGACAUAAUUUUUUCAGCACCGAAUUCCGAAAUGCGGUGCUGAAUUAAGCACCUAAGUCUUCGGUGCAGACUUAAGACACUUCAUAGGGCGGUGCUUUUUUCCUUUUUUUGGCCGCAAUUUCCCUGGUUUAUCAGUCUUUUUUUUGAAAAUAACGUGGAUUUGUCGCAGCAAAAUUUCUCGUCUUGUUGAAUCAAAUCUCCACGAGCGUUGAGCCGUGGCAAAGCGAUGAUGGACGAUUCCAAAUCGACGAAUCCACAUUAUUUUCCCGACAAACUGAUAAAAAAAUUUUUGUCUUUGUCAUAGUGCAGUGAUGGACUUGAUCCAAUUCCAAAAAAGGUAUCAUUUUGGAUCCGCAAAGUAUCAAAAAUGUGGCAAAAUACCUCCCUCUCCAAGUGAAAAAACUCUUGAAAAUUGGGGAGGUAUUUAGCCACAUGUUUGAUACUUCGAAAAAUCCCAAAAUAAGCAGCUUGUAAAAGGACAUGUCCAAGAGUUCUUAACAGUCAUUAAUUACGUUAGACUCAUCGUUCGGCCCUAAUUCCCGAGUCAUUACUCAUCGAGAGGCCUUCUUUGUCCUGUCCGAAGAGCACUCUCUUCCGAUUGUAGUCGAAAAUUGCAGUAAAUUGCCGGCAAACGAAGGAUAAAUUACUUGCAAAUUACAGGUACUUUAUAGUACUAAAAGGCUGUCUGAAAAAUAAUGUGGAGAAAUUCCGUCGCUCUCCGAAAAAAAUGAGUUUGAAGCUUCGAAAAAUGGGAGUCGCCCGCGACAUGAGGCAAAACUCCAAAGUUCACUGGGCUUGGGCGAUUGCAAAAGCAAUAAAUCCACAUUAUUUUCCCGACAGACUGAUAAAACCCGGAAAAUCGCGGCUAAAGUAAGAAAAAAACAGCGUCCUAUGAAGUUCUGUGUACUUUAUAGCUUGAGUGCACUUAUUUUUACCUUUAGACUAUAUUAUCUACAUAAUGACACCUUGGGGAAUAAAAAAAUGAAUUUUAUAACAUCAGUAUGAGCGAAAGGAGCAAUUACUCUGUUUUUUCCGAGAGAAAGUGAGUCCAAAUUUUAUAAAACUUCACGUUCAAGUCCUUGGUGGUUUUCGCGAUUCUUCCUGGUCUCAAGGCCCGAUUUACGUGCGCUUUGCUGUUUCAAACGAUGUGAUAUCCGUCUGUCGGGAAAAUAAUGAUCCCAGUACCGCUGAAGCUUCAUUUGUUUUGAUGGCUUUAGUGGAGUAGUACGCGAUGAAAGAGUGGGAGUUGAGGCAAAAAAAUCAAGUGUCAAAAUUAGAAAUCACGAUUUUGUGGGGGUACCUGACUGAAUAUAUAUGAGCUGACUGAAUAUGAAAUUUGGCAAAUUUGGUCUAUUUCUAGGACUAUAUAGUACCAAGUGCUAUAAAUGUGUUUUUGGGCUGUACUAAGCACCAAACCAACACCAUUACCGCCUUACGCCUAAAUUUUCACCUCGUACUAAAUAGUACCAAUCGGUACUAUAGAGUACCAAGUGCUAAAAAUGUGCUUUCGGGCUGUACUAAGCACCAAACCAACACCAUUACCGGCCAAAUUUUCUCCUCGUACUAAAUAGUACCAGGUAGUACUAUUUAGCACCAAAUGUUGAAAAUGUUUUUUCAAGCAGUACUAGGCACCAAAACAACACCAUUAAUGUCUGAAGGUGUUAUAAAUAAAACGAAAAAAUUUCAAAAAGAGUCCUUAAUCGGAACCUAGGUAGUAACAGUAACAGAAACCCGGUUUUCAUAUUCAGUCAGUUCAUAUUCAGUCUCCCUUCGUUUUGCGGGUCUGACUUUGUGUUCUCACGGUAAAAUUUGUUGCCACUGCCACUACUAUCAGCCUGUCGGGGAAAUAAUGUGGAUUUGUCGCAGCAAAAUGUCUCGUUUCAAAGCAAAUCUCCAGCCGCAGCUAGCGCUGUCGCAGAACGGUGAUGAGGGAUUCAAAUGGGCGACAAAUCCACAUUAUUUUCUCGGCAGACUAAUAGUACCAACCUGUCGGAAAAAUAAUGUGGAUUUUUUGCGCUUUAGAAUUGUCCAUCAUCGCUUUGCGACGGCGACAAAUCCACAUUAUUUUCCCGACAAGCUGAUAUCGGUCUGUCGGGAAAAUAAUGAGCAUAAUGUCGCUGCGACAGACCCUUCGCUGAAGUGAAAAGUGAUUCGAUUUUGUCACGACAAAAUUAAUUUUUUCCGGCGGCGAUGCGAUUUUCAAUGCGACACAGUGCUCGUUAUUUUCCCGACAGACUGAUAUGCAAUAAAACAAAGUUUUAUAAUGUAGCUGACGGCAUUUGAAGGCCUUUUGGGACAUUUUUGAUGACCUCUGGCAACGAUGAUCACUAGACUUUCAGGUUCUUAAGGAAGGGCAUUUUAUACGAUCAAACAUAUCCGACUUUUUCUCUUAUAAAAUCUUAUAAAAUGCCGCACAUUAUUUUCCCGACAGACUAAAUUUUAGAAAUUAUUGUAGUCUUAAAUUCUAUGGCACCCUGAAAAAAAUGAUUUUUCCUUAUCGACUGAUUAAAACCACAAAUUGCAAAUUCGCAGGACUUUUUGCACAGAGCGGUAGGCAAUCAUUGACCUCUUCAACCCUUUGGCCAAUAAAAAAUAUCAUUUUCCCCUCAUAAAAACGUAGUAAAAUAAAAAAAAACCGAGACUUUAACUGCCUUCAAAACGUUCUUCAGAUUUUUUACUACUUUAUGGACAUGCUACUUGUAAACGCGAGGACGUUGAGAGCACUUUAUACUCAAAUAUUAAUCAUGGCGGCGUCUCGGAAAUAUUACUCAAAAUUGGGUUGAAACCCUCAGGAAGUAGUCUUGAAAUUUUCUGGAAUUUGCUCGUUUCUUGCCUUUAGGGCGUGUGAAUUUUUUUUAAAUUUUGACCGAUUUUUUGAGGAAUUUUUUGGUCUCCUUUAUUUUUUUUUUGAUUUUAAAUUUUAUGCAAAUUUUGUAACUAAAAUUAUGGAAAAACGUUUUAUAUUUGCAUGAAAUAUCUCUUUUCGAAAUUUAGAAGCAUUUUUUUAUGAACCGCCUCCCGUAUUUUACCUUUUUUUACCAUUUUCCGCAAUUUGAUGUCAUCAUAAUUUUUUACACAAAUUUAUGCAAAUUAAGUCAUUAAACUCUUACCAGAUGCACCGAUUUACAGUGUAAUCCUACUGCAAUUAUAAAAAUAGCCAGAGCUUUCUAUUUUUUCCGAGAAAACUGCAUCUCUCUACCUUGCACUAUAUUGUACAUGGUCCUUGACUUAAAACUUGUAUUCCUCCCUCAACUGAAAAUGAAGUGCUGCCAAAAUUACAUUUCAAAGAUCUAAAUAGAUUGUAUUUUCGAUACUAUUUCAAUUUUCAACUUAUUGUAGUCAAAUUUGUCUAUAAAAAUCAACUUUUAUAUUACACUUGACCAUUAGAGAGGGAGGCUUUAAAGAACACCAGAUUUGCCGCUUUUCAGCUCCAGUAUGUUUAUCUAAAUCAAAUAACACGGUUGAGCGGCACGUAUGCCCGGAUUUGAGAGUAUUUAUUUAUGGAUAAGCGGUUUUGUCGAUGCGGGGUUCACAUAUUUAAAGGGGGGAGUGCGAGCCGAGGUCAAGUCCGCUUUCUGCGGAUGACAGGGGAUUAGUGAUCCACAAACAUGAUAUAAAUUAUGUGUAAGAGUGGUUUUAAAGGUUCAGAAAUUAGUGUCCGACAACAGAAUUGUUAAAUUUUUGAAUUUUUACUGGAAAUUUUAAUUUUGGAAGUUUUCAAAUUUUUUGAAAUUUCGAACAAAAUUGGGUAAAUAAGCUGAUGAUUGAGUUGGAAAUAGCAUAUAAGAUACUUCUGGACACUUUUUCAAGGCUAAGAUGAUGAUUUUUUGGUUUUCUUUCAAAAUUUGAAUUUUAAAAAUUUUGAGAUUUUUUGAAAUUUCGACCAAAAAUAGGUAAAGAAGCCGAUGAUUGAGUUGGAAAUAGCAUGCAAGAUAUUUCUGGAGACUUUUUCAAGGCAAAAGAUGAUGAUUUUUUUGAUUUUUUUUCAAAAUUUGAAUUUUGAAAACUUUGAGAUUUUUUUAAAUUUCGACCAAAAAAUCGGCGAAAAAUUUUAGACUUCCCCUCAAAACAGAUCAAAAAUAUCUUCUGAUCUUUUUCAAAGCCUACUGCACGGUGAAAAAAACAGAAAAUUGCACAGUUCAAAAUGAACUUUUUUCGCACAGUGCGCGAAAAUAACUCCCGUUUGUACGUUGAAAAAAGCAGCAGACCAAUGAUCAAUGCUUACUAUUAUUUUCCAAGUCCGGAUUGGCUAAUUAGAAAGCCUUGUGAUUUGAAAGAAGAUGCACUUACGUCCUCACAAAUAUAAUGGAGUUAUAUUGGUCCUGUCAUCAUCAAAGAUGACCAUGAAAUUUGUCAUGGAUUGAAAUGGAGAUUUUUCAAGACAUAUGCGAAAAAGUUAGGUCGCGCAGAAAUCGUCGGGUUUUUUUGGUCGAAAAUUGUCGGAAAAUCAAAUUUUUGGUCGAUUUUUCUGGACAAGAUAUUCGUAUGUUGUUUGAUAAAUUACACAAAAAAAAUCGCAAAUAUACGAUCAAAAAUCAUUUUUUCUCUGAUCGAAAACGUUUUCAUAAAGUGCAUGGACAUUUGUUCUCUUCCGCACAGUGCAUUUUGAACCUUUUCCUACGCUUGUCGCCAACGCACAGUGCAUUUUGAACCUUUUCCACGCUUGUCGCCAACGCACUGUGCAUUUUCCAUUUUCCUCUUUUCGCACAGUGCAAACCUCGAAAAAUCCGCUUGCACUGUGCAGAUUUUUGAGCAAAACCGCAGCGACGCAAUUGGAAAAACCUUACGUCGCGGCGAUAUUUCAAUGCACGGUGCGAAAACUAAAUCAAAAAUUUGCCGCACUGUGCACAAAGAACUUCCAUUUUCGCACUGUGCAUUUCAUCAUGUUUUGGUUUUCGCACCGUGCAUCGGAAAUAUUUAUCGCGGCGACGUCACUUUUUCAACUUUGUCGCUACGGCAUUUUCUGAAGAGUUUGCACAGUGCAAACGGCUUUUUUCAGGUUUGCACUGUGCGAACGGAGAAAGUGCACUGUGCGUCCGCGACAACUUGAAAUUUGCACAGUGCACACGGCUUUUUUGCGGUUUGCACUGUGCGAAAAGCAAAAAGCAAAAAAUUGCACUGUGCAUUGGCGACAAGCGUGGGAAAAGGUUCAAAAUGCACUGUGCGGAAGAGAACAACAGUCCAUGCACUUUAUGAAAAUGUGAAUUAAUACGGUGAAGGGGUUCUGCUUCGUACCUAUGUGUACAGUAAUCCCAUUCUACUCCAUCUUUCGGGUGUAAUCGGGUUAUUUUUGGGGCAAAAAAUUUAUUCUCGAGCUGAAACAGAAUGCCAAAAAUUUUUAUUUGUUUGAGCUUUGUUUGAUAUCUGUCUGUCGGGAAAAUAAUGUGGGUUCGUUGAUGCCUCUCCGUCGGGAAAAUAAUGUGGGUUUGUCGAUAUCAGUCUGUCGGGAAAAUAAUGUGGGUUUGUCAAUAUUACUUUGCCGGGAAAAUAAUGUGGGUACGUCAAUUUCAGUUUGUCGGAAAAAUAUUGUGGGUUUUUCAAUUUUAGUCUUGUCGGGAAAAUAAUGUGGGUUUGUCAAUAUAAGUCUGUCGGGAAAAUAAUGUGGGUUUUUCAAUUUUAGUCUGUCUGGAAAAUAAUGUGGGUACGUCAAUUUCAGUUUGUCGGAAAAAUAUUGUGGGUUUUUCAACUUUAGUCUGUCGGGAAAGUAAUGUGGGUUCGUCGAUAUCUCCAUGUCAGGAAAAUAAUGUGUAUUCAUCGCGCCUUGGAAUCGCCUAUCGCUUUGCGAUGACUCUGGAGAUUUGGCGACAAAUUUUGCUCCGACAACUCCACAUUAUUUUCCCGACAGACUAAAAUUGAAAACCCCCACAUUAUUUUCCCGACAGACUGAUAAAUCAUCAUAUUAGUCUGUCGGGAAAAUAAUAUGCUCUCUGUCGAAUCGAAAAUCGGAUGAUAUUGCACUUUGCGAACUUGCUUCUUGAAAUCUUUUAAAUUUUCGACAUCUUGAGAUAAUUACCUUUGAAUGGCCUAUUGUUUAUACAAUCCUAGCCCCACCGAAAGCUAAACCCUACCUUGUUUCCUACACUACAAUUCGAGGGCGACAUGAGAACCCGAAACGGUUCAACCUGCAAUUAAAGUGGACAUGUGGGCUGAAAUAGCUCUCAUCUUGUGAUAAACCGCAAUUACCACUCGAGUUUACAUACCGAAAAAAUUUGAAAAGGCCCCAGAAUGAUUUUCAGACUAUAUUCUGAAGUAUUGGGCAUUGUUUUCAGCGAUUUUUCGGGAGAAAUUUGAAAUUUUUAGAUUUUUUUCAAUUUUAAAAGAUUUUUUCAAAAUUUCCGAACUUUUUACUAUUGUAAUUACAGUAUUAUUAUGCAAAAAGCUCAUCUCAUUUUCAGGACAUCCUCGCCUCACGGAACAUGACAUCGUUAGACUUUCGGAACAUUAACUAUUCGCACUACCCGACGUCACCGCCCAACUACGUAAGCCGAAAAAUAUUCAUCCGGCCAUCUUGAGGUCCGAGCGCGUAAAUAUCAACUCGAAAAACAAUCCAAAAUGCAUCGCGAUGCCCCGUUUCUCGUCGUAACGCAUCGCACAUCGGACAUUUUGAAGGGUUAAUUUGAGCAAACGCCUAGGGCUAUAUUGUAGCAGGAAGAGGGGAUGCUGUUAUUGAAAGAGUCAUAAGUCUGCUGGUUGAUGGAGCCGGGGAAUGGAGCAUAUACGAAAUCAUAGCUUAGGUAACUGGCUGUAAGAUAGGUCCAUAACGAAAUUUCGUAUUAAUUGCCUAAGGGGAUUUUUUGACAUUUUGAUGAUUUGGCCCCGUCAAGUAAAAAAAAUAGUUUUUUCGGUUUAAAAAUCUCAAAAAAUUGACUUGUCGCAAUUUUUGGGAUACUGUAAUGUCAUCUAGGAGUAAUCUACUACAUCAAUUAUAUCCUGUAUAUUAAUUUUCUCCUCGAAUUUUUGACUUUGCUCUAAAGUCCCUCGAAAUUCCGGGUCUCCCUAAUAAAACCGCCGAAAAUGACCUGAAGGCAAAAGAUCAGAAAAUCACCAAUAUUCCAUUCGAAAGCAGGCUUCACUAGCUAUGUUUUGAUAUACAACCCAUUCUCCAAAAUCUUCUCCCGACGGACUUAUCGCCAUUUCAAGUCAAAUUCCUAGCCCCACAUGGAUAGCAUCGAAUAUACCGUCGAAAAUUUUCAGCCCAUGCUAAUCUCGGUGAACAUUUGCAACACAUUGGGUCUACUCUGCAUUUUCCUAAAUCUAUUUGUGGUAUACGCGUUGUUGCGCAACCGGCGAAGGGUUUUGGCCAAUGUUUUCUACGUGCUGGUCUUGCACUGUGCGUUCGUCGACUUGAUCCGAGGCACAUGUUUGGUGGCGUGGGGAAUGCCAAAUUUGCUGAUAAAUCGGUUGAACACAGUGCAGGAUCGAUUGUUAUUGCUGAAGGUAAGAGAUUGUUGAUUUUAUGCAAAUUUUUUGGGUAAUUAAGUAAAAUUUGUGCAUUUUUUUAUGGAAAUAAGCAAAUUUUUCUAAUUUUAUUCAAAUUUUGCCUUGUUUCAGCCCUUUCAAAUGUUAUAAUACUAUUUUCAGAUCAAUCAAUUCACCCUGAUUGUCCUCCGCUCAUGUAAUUUCCUCACAAUAUUCAAUUUACUCGUCUUUACCACCAAUGAAUUUAUUGUCAUCAAAUUCCCCCUGCAUUAUCGCCGAUACUUCCGCAGGAGAACGGUCCUAGUUAUUUUGGGAUGCAGGUAGAUCUUGUAACAUCUUGUCAGAUAUUUUUCCUCUAAUUUUCAGCUGGCUGAUAUCCGUUUUGUUCGGCGUUGGCAGCGUUUUCUCCAACUUCUUCCCAAGCGCGCAUUCCGUGCUGGUCCUGAACAAUGGAACUGCGUAUUUGCGCGGGAAAGCAUGUAAGUACAACUUAAUUUUUGGCCUAAGCCAAUUAUAGUGAGCCGAGGAUCAUGCUGCUAGAAGAUUUGACCUGUCAUAAAACUUUUUUUCAAGUUUGCCCAAAUUGCCCGGAGAUUUGGGCAGAUUGGUCAAAAAGAGCCGAAAAUAGCCGAGACCGGUCCAAAAAAUAUAAUAUUUUUUAAAUUUGACUUCGGUCCAAAAAAAUAUAAUCUUUUCUUUUGAAAUUUGACCGGUCAGACAGGGCAAAUUUGGCCAGGUUGGGCAAAUUAGUCAGGUUAGGUCAGAAUGAUUAGAAUAAUUGAAGUCCGGUACAAAAAAUUAUUUUUUAAACUUGAUCAACCUGGUCGUUCCGGUCAAAUUGGGCAAAUUCGGUCAGAUUUGGGCAAAUUUGGGCAGCUUGGGCAAAUUUUGGUUAGACUGUAAAAAAUGGGCAUAAUUAAGUCAGAACGCUGAAAAUCAGUCGACGUCGGUGAAAAAAGCUCUUUUUAAACCUAGUCCUGACCCUGACCGGUCACAUUGGGCAAAUUCGGUCAGGUUGGGCAAAUUUUUCAGAUGAGGUCAGAGCCAUUAAAACCGGUCGAUACCGGCCAAAAACUUUUUAUAAAAACUUGAUUUACAUGACUUGACCGGCCAGGACAGGCAAAUUUGGGCAGCUUGGGCAAAUUUUGGCAGGUUGGGAAAAUAAUGUUAGAUUAGGUCAGAAUCAAUUAAUUCGGUCAAUACUGGCCAAAAAAAGACCUUUUUAAACAAUACCAACUUGAUAUGGCCUGUCACCUUGGGCAAAUAUGGCCAUAUUAGGCAAAUUUGGACAGCUUGGCAAAUUUGAUCAGACUGAUCAACUUCGACAAAAGACGUUUUUUUUUCAGACUCCCGAGGCCCCGGGCUCACUCGCCGUGAGAUGGAUGGCGUCUCAAUAAACGUAAUUUGCAUGCUGAUGAUCUUUGUUUUAUGUUAUCUAUGUCUCGUCAUUGUUUUGGUAAGUCCUGAAAACAUUAGAAUUUCAAAAAUUUGUGCCGUAUUUUACCCUCAAAUUUCCAUUUUCAGAUCUGUUACGGAACAAUCCUCCGGACCAUCCGGCAGUUCCAUUCGGGCGAUACGAAGGGGAAGUUCCACAACGAGGAGAGUCAAAAGUUUAAUCGCUCCACAAUGCACUCUCAUCAAUGCUCGUCGCAGAAAUGCAUCGAAAUCGACAAAGAAGGGAGAUCUACUGUGGUUUCGAAUGGAAAUAGUGUCCAAGUUCCGAAUGAUUCGUCGGCCAAAACUUCAACUGCAAGUCAGCCGUAAGUUAGAGACUUGAAAAAAGAAUUGGCAGCUGGGCAACGUGUGAGGCUCGGAUUUUUCUCAGAUUUUGAAUUUGAGAAGCGCCGAGGUAUUUAACGGGCUUUGUCGACGUGAGAGUGCGGGAAAAGAGGAGAGCGGUCAGAGAAAAGCGCUAUUCUUGGACAAAUAAAAGGGGGAAAAUUGUCCUGAAGGUCUUAGAACACCUUACUCAACAUUUUUAACAAUUUUCAUCAAAAUCCUAUCUGGUGACAUUUUAUACGAUAAAAUGUUUUUUUACAGAAAAGUCGGUUCUGUGGUAUAUAAAAGAGGGAAAAUUGUCCUGAAGGUCUUAGAACAUCCUACUCAACAUUUUUAACAAUUUUCAUCAAAAUUCUAUAUGCUGACAUUUUAUACGAUAAAAAGUUUUUUCGGAGAAAAAGUCGGUUCUUGGACAAAUAAAUGAGAAAAAAUUGUUUUGAGGGUCUUAGAACAUCCUACUCAACAUUUCUGACAGGUUUCAUCUAAGAUCAUAACUGCUAUUUUAUACGUUGAAACAUGUGAAGGAGUGGUCUUAGUCGUAUAAAAUGUCUCUUUCAGAGUGCCAAUAGUGCAAUUUUCAGAUGUCGAUGCAACUUGAAAAAAAAUUAGGAUAUUUUUUGUCAAGACAUGUGGGAGAUUUCUAUCUUGCGCUUUGCAAAGACCGAGAUUUUUUGGGUCGAAAGUUGGAAAAAAAUUGACAGUUUUUUGCGAUUUUUGGCACAAAAUGUUUAGCGGCUAUUUGUACUGUAGAGAGUAAUGUCUCCACAAAAAAUCAAUUUUUUCCGCGCGAAACUGGCAAAGAUAUAGCCAAAAAGCGAGGUUUUUUCUCUGACCGCUCUCCUAAUUUCGCGUACUCUCUCGCCCUCAAAGAGUGUUCCAUAUCUCGGCGUUGCAAACAAAGCACGAGGAAUUGAUAUGUAUCCUAUGCAUGACUUAAUUCCCGUAUAAAUACAAGAUUUUGUGUAGGGUGACAUUUUAUACGAUAAAAAUAUUCCAGACACUUUUCGUCGUAUAAAAUGGUCUUUCCUUCGAAAUUUUUUAAUUUUACAAGUAAAACAGAAAUUAGUGGUAAAAAAUGUCUCCACAAAAAAUCAAAUAGCCAAAAAUAGACUUUUCUCUGCCGCUCUCCUAAUUUCGCGUACUCUCUCGGCGGAAAACAUCGCUGAAUAUUUCAGGUCUCCCUUCAAAACGCGAGCUGAAAUUUUUAGGGAUUGAUAAAUGGCCUAUGACUGCUGUGUGUGCAAGAUUUGAAGAAAAUCUGAGCAAAAAUUUUUUUCUAAAAAAAAUUUUUUUGAAAUUUUCCCCCAUAAAACCCAUUUAGUUUCAGCCGCUGCAACUCGCAUCGCAAAUGGCGCACACACUUGAUGUCGCGCCACAAGUAUUUGAUCGUGAUCGGCAGUGUGUUGUUCGUCGACAUCUUGUUUUUAUUCCCGUAUUCGGGCAUUCAGCUGGUCGCUUUCUUGCAGAUCAACAAAUUAUUGGAUCUCUCGCCCAAAUCGAGUCUAAUUCGUUACGGAUUUCAAGUGAGUUUUGGGAUUUUCGGUACAAAGUUUUAAAAAAUCUCAAUUUUUUAAAUUUUGCUGAUUUUGAUGAGGCUUGGCAUAGCUUUAAAAUUACCUUUUCUAUGACAUAUUUGAGAUUUUUAGCUCGAAUUUUGCAAAAAAUCCCAAGAUUUUAGACGAAAAAUUGGGGAAAAUUCAAAAAUUUCGACCGAAAAAUCUCGAUGGUAUGUGCAAACUGCGGUCUGAAAUUUUGGUAUAUAUGCUAGAACAGCAGAUUCUAAAUUUACUUAAAGUUUUGACCUUAAUUGAAGGGUUGAACAUUGAAAAAAAUCCAUUUGAACUCUAUAUUAGCCGUUUUUAAAGGUUUCUCGACUUUUUGGGCCGUUUCGGCCGUUUUCCAAAAUUUUGACGGCUUAAAUCGAUUUUAUAUGGUAGUAAAUGCCAUAGAGUCGGGUUGAAAAUCCUUUGCAAUUCUUGAUUGAGCCUCUAUUUAACGUAAUUUCAACUCUUUUCGAGGGUUUCUCGAUUUUUUGGACGUUUUUCAAUUACGGUCAUUUUAUCGGAUAUAAUCGUUUUUAUACAGCAGUAAAUGCCAUAAAGUUGUCUGAAAAUUACUCUACGAUGCUUGAUUUAGUGUUUUUUUUCUUUAAUUCCCCAUUUCCAGAUCCUAAUCGGCAUCCAUUCGGUGUGCCAGCCGCUCUGCUACUUCCGAAUGAACGAGUUCCGGCGGCUGGCCUGCUGCUGUGCGCAGCCCAAGAUCUCACGCUCCAAGUCGUUCAGUCAGUCCAAGGAGGGGCUGGCCUCCAACGACGAGGAGACGAACACGCCGCUCCAGAGCAACCCGCGCGCCCAUCAGUACCAGGCACGCUAUCUUACGCCGCCCUCCACGCGACGGCUUUAAGUGUGGCUUCCCCCUGUCUUGCUGUGUGUUUUCGGGCCGGUUCCGAACUUCUUGUUGUCCCAUUGUUACUAGCAGUUAUUUACUAUACAAUUUCUUGUUGCGUGUGUGGGAGUUGGGGAGGAGUGAGUUUGCUGUGGAUGGAAUUAUGUAUUCAGGUGACAAAUUACGAGUAAAAAAUGAGAUUUUUUGACGAAAAACGGACGGAUUUUGAUGAAAAGUGGCAGAAAUUAAGCCAGUCUUCCGCUUUUUAACGGAAUUUUGACAAUUGUGCAAAUUUUUGAAAAUUAUGAAAAUUUUUGAAAAUUAUGCAAAUUUUUGAAAAUAAUGCAAAUUUUUGAACAUUAGGGAAAUUUUUGAAAAUUAUGCAAAUUUUUGAACAUUACGCGAAUUUUUAAAAUUUAAGCAAAUUUUUGAAAACUAUGAAAAUUUUUGAAAUAUAUGCAAAUUUUUGAAUUAUGCAAAUCUUUGAAAAUUACGCGAAUUGUUGAAAAUUAUGCAAAUUUUUGAAAAUUGUGCAAAUUUUUGAAAAUUAUGCAAUUUUUUAAAUUAUGCAAAUUUUUGAAAAUUACGCGAAUUUUUGAAAAUUAUGCAAAUUGUUUAACAUUAUGAAAAUUUUUUAAACAUGCAAAUUUUCGAACAUUAUGCAAAUUUUCGAACCCCAGUUUGCACCGCCCACUUUUAGUUUUUGCACUGUGCAUCCAAAAAACCGCCGCGACAUAAGUUUUUACGACCGCGUCGCUACCAAAAAAUGGUGAAAUGCGCAAUGCAAAAUGUGGCACUUUAUGAAAAUACGAUCUGUCGGGAAAAUAAUGAGCACCCAGUCGCAUCAAAAAUCGCACUGCCCAAAUCAAAUUGCUUUCCACUUCAGCGGUCGGCAUUGUGCACAUUAUUUUCCCGACAGACUGAUAGGAGGGCUUUGUUAGUCUUUUUUUACCUUACAUUCACUCCAAAUUUCAUCAAAAUUCGAGCAAAUUAAAAGAAUUUUUUAGCUCUCAUCCUCAACAGUUUAUUCCUCCUCGAAGCGAAUCCCCAUGUAUCAUAUGUAUUUUCCGACUUGUUUACUCCAAUUGUCCUGUUUGAAGUGAUAUAAAAAGCAAAAAUAAAAAAAAUUUGAAAUUUUAACCUCUCUGUUUGCUGUGCUUGAAGAAUCCAAUUGAAAAAUUAAUUAAAUUUCCCCAACAAUUGAAUAUUUUAGCAGCGAAUCCACAAGCUGAGCACCGGCUCGCACACGGAUCCGAUCAACAAACGGCUUCGGCAUCACCAUCAGAAAGAUCAGCACAGUGUGGGCCCCGUACGGCGAUUGUCGCGUCUGAUCAGUCAGAGUUUGAUGGACUCGGAGACCGAGAGCGACUACGACGAAAGAGCGCCGGAUCUGGUGCUACCGGCAGUCACGGUGAUCGUCCCGAAUGAACAGGUAAAAUGGGAUUGCAGGCGAAGAGUCCGGGUUUCCCGAAAAGUGCCGCUUUUUGAAUUUUUCGAAAUGAGAGGUGACAUUUUAUACGAAGGAAAUGUUUUUUCGGAUUUGAAAAUGAAGGUUGACAUUUUAUACGAUAGAAUUUUAUUUUAAAAACCUGAGGUGACAUUUUAUACGAAGGAAAUGUUUUUUCGGAUUUGAAAAUGAAGGGUGACAUUUUAUACGAUAAAAAAAUUCUUCAAAUUUUUAGAAUAUGAGGUGACAUUUUAUACGAUGGAAAUCUUUUUUCAAAUUUUUAAAGGGAAAGGCGGCAUUUUAUACGAUAGAAUUUUAUUUAAUUUUAUAAACCUGAGGUGACAUGUUAUACGACGGAAAUGUUUUUUGGAAUUAAAGGUGACAUCUUAUACGAUGAAAAUUUUUCUCCAAUUUCUGACAAUCUUGUCGUAUAAAAUGUCUCCUCCCUUCUUGAAAAAAAAUUUAAGAAAAGUUUCAUCGUAUAACACGUAAAAAAGCAACUUUUUACCCACGAAACUGACAAAGCUAUGGCCAAAAAGUACUUUUCCUUCUAACCGCUCUCCGCCUUCAGUGUACUCUCUUGUACGCAAACAUUGUUCAAUAUCUCGGCUGUUUCUGUAAAGCGCAAGCUAAAAGUUUCAAGCCUUGAUCCAAUAAAUAUGGUUUUUUCAGAUCGAAGACCCCGAACUGCCUCAUACGCCCACUGAAAGUGAGUUGGAGCAUAUAUUGGACUGUGGCUUAGGUUCGCCGUUCCUGGAGACCAACUGGAAUCGCGUGGUCGGAGCGAGUUUGCGGUUUCGCGGGGGCUUUAAUGUAAGUUGAAUCUAUUUCUCAUGCAGUUUAGAACUACUCGGGCAAAAGUCCUGAGGGUUAUUUAAACGGAUAAUUAAUCGAAUAGAGCACUCUGGAAAAAAGAGUUUUGUCGCUGUGAAAACGCUUGGAGUACUUUUUAGAGUACCCAGAAAAAAGCGUUUUGGUUAAAAGCUUUGGCAACGAGCAGCAUAGAUGACGGAUUUUUUGGAAAUUUUUGUUUUUUUUUGAGCGAUGAGAAGCUUUGAGAUCUCCCAAAAAUUUUUUUUCGUGCUCUGGAGAGUGCUCCCAGCCAUAUACCAUCACCAUUUUUACCACUGACACAUUUUAAAUGAGUGUCAUAAUGACACAUUUUUUGGACUUUCUCUGAUUUUUUUCCGCGAUGAGAGGCUCUGAGAUCUUCCAAACAAAAUUUUUCAUGCUCUGGAGAAUGCUCCCAGCCAUUACUACCAUUAUUUUUACCUCUGACAUAUCUUAAUUAAGUGUCAUCAUGACACAUUUUUUGGACUUUCUCUGAUUUUUUCCGCGAUGAGAGGCUCUGAGACCUCCCAAAAAAUUUUUGCGUGCUCUGGGGGUGCUCCCAGCCAUAUACUACCAUUAUUUUUACCACAGUCACAUUGUUAAUGGGUGUCAUCAUGACACAUUUUCUGGACAUACAGAGAUUUUGAAGUCUCUGCCAUAUAUCAAAGGGAAAGACUAGUAAAUCAACUUUUUCUCUUCCAGGAAGACGAAGCAAAUCGCCAUAAACUCAGCACUUUGUCGGAUAUGCGCUCCUCCACCUGCUUCGAACGCGAAUCCUUUUGCCUUCCGAGUGAAGCCGAAGAUGAUUAUGAUGAAGAUGAGCCCUCGUCACGCCGCAAUUCAGCGCUGCCACAGUGA